UUUUUAUCCCUAAUCGAGGUUUGAGAGUYUUUGGUGCUUUUUUUGUUGUCAGUGACGUAUCACUAAGUUGUUAUAGAGUGCAUGACACACAAACCAUGGGACAUAAAUCCGGACAAAGAGAGCARUUGCAAAUMUGAAUUAACACAUUYAGCUUUGUCGAAAAUUCACGUUUUUAUUAGACUGAAAAUCACAUAGGAAUAUAUACAACGCGCUUCUCAUUUACAAGUUGAAUUAACGAAAUGCAAAACAUAAAUGUGAAACUGAUAUAGAAAUGCCUCUAUCGUUGAGUUAUUAUCUUAAAACUAAUAUCCGCAAUACUCUUAGCUUAUAGAAUUAAGUAGACGUUGUUAGGCAAUCUGACAUGCCAUUGUAACAUUUCGUUUUGAUGUCAAUCUGUAACUUUCAAUAAAAGUUGGCAUUGGUUAGGUUUCGCGGUUUUGUUGGUUUCACUUGGCUCGAAAUCUUUUUGAAUKUCAUGGCCAUUUUACAACCUUAAUCUAUUGUUUUUUUCUGUUGUUUUCGGUCAGCUUGUUCUUUUUCUUUGUUUUCUUAUUCUUCGUUUUUAAAGACAAUGACGUGAGACGGUAGUGUUGUCGUGKUGCAAAUUUGGUUCASUCCGUGGCAACCGCCAUGAUGAAUCAUCCCGUGCUGGGAUUACAAGUGUAUUUAUUGUUGUGAACCCGCAGUUGUAUAUUCAAGCAAUCCSUAUGUCUUCAAUCGUUUAGAAUAAGACAAAUUGUGAUUAGAGSUUUAUUGCUAAACAGUUUCCAUCCAUCCUGUCCAGUUGUUUUGUAGCUUGUUUCUAAACUCAAAAAUGGCGCUCUAAAAUGUACACUAGCAAAAAAGUUGUCAGUUCUCCCUGUAUGCAGUCAAUAACUUCUACACUGAUGACGACAGUCGCAUUAUUGAAAUGAAAAAUCGUUUGAACAUCGAUGAAAUGCACGGUUUCUUAAUGACAUGAUUGGAUUUUGUGGUGACUUUUGUAUCAAAACCUACGAAUAAAAAGUCAUUAAUAUUUCAGAUGUCGUCCUGUUUGCUCGUUCUGAAUUUUGGAUGGAUGUAACUUGAAAACGACUUGAUGAAUAGCUCUUCAGACAAGAAGUUUUGUCGACAUGAACAAGUGAAAUGUCAUCAGUGAGGACUCACGCAGAAAACAUAAAUAAAUUGCAAGAUUCCUGAAGUUUGGAAGAUCGUAGGACUAYACCAAGCUGAACAUGAAUACUCUGUUUUUGCUGUUGGCCAUAGCUGUKUCAGGUGUUAGUUCACUAACAGGCAAUGGUAAUUCCAGUGUGUCUUCGAUCCUUGACCGAAUACUAAAGCAUGAAAAGUACGACAAGAGGCUAAGACCGAGUUAUGGAGAUGGACCUGUCGUUGUCACUGUUGGAUUCUGGGUACUUUCCAUCGACUCUAUUAAUGUUGUCGAUAUGGAUUACACAUUAGAUAUUUUUCUUAGACAAUCAUGGCGUGAUGAGCGAAUGGCGCACGAGCUCAACACAACAAUGUUUCUCAGCAACACAGUCAUGGAUAAAAUAUGGAUGCCAGAUUCUUACUUUGUCAAUGCGAAGUCAGGAAGCUUUCACAAAGUUACCAAAGAUAAUAUGAUGAUCAUGAUCAAACCAGGAGGAAUAGUACAAUACAAUGCAAGGGUUACUAUACGUUUGUCUUGCCCAAUGGACUUAAGAGCGUUUCCCAUGGACACACAGCAUUGUCCGCUUACCAUAGAGAGCUAUGGCUACAGUACCAAGCACAUUGUAUUCAAAUGGGAAAUUCCUGGCAAUGAUGGCUUAGGGUUUGUGCCACAAACCUUAAAAAUGCUGCCUCAAUACAAACUUGCUAAAGUUGAAUUAGCAACGUUAAAUAACGUUUAUGUUGUAGGAAAUUGGUCAGGUCUCAAAGCGACAUUCACGUUUGAAAGACUGUACAGCUAUUUUGUAAUUCAUGUGUACGGGCCGUGCUCGUUAAUCGUCUCCAUUUCGUGGGUUGCAUUUCUUCUUCCUCGUGAACAAGCGCCAGCUCGUAUUACUUUAGGAGUUACGUCUGUAUUGACCGUUGUCACCGUUCUCAAUAUGCUGAACAACUCCAUGCCGAAGGUCAAUUAUGUGAAAACUAUUGACAAAUAUCUUAUAGGAUGCUUUUUAUUUGUAUUUGCAACUCUUGUCGAGUAUUCUCUCGUUCUCUGGUUUUCCAAAGCUAUGAAGAAGUACAGACUAUGCCGUGAAGAAUGGCGGAAACAGCACGAUGCUGAAGAAGGAAUAGAUUCUCAAGUGACUUUCAGACAAAAGGUAGUAGCUUUAUCUACUAUUUAUCAACAAAUAGAAUGAGUGAAUGAAAACUCUUUCCAA